CCUGACGGAAGCACCUCCUGCAGGCUGCUGUGGUUUGCCCCAAGCUGAACCAGCAAGGCAGCCACCCUACGGAGAGGACGGCGGUAGCUAGUUAGCACAAACAACCAGUCUUUACACGGGGAGAGGAGUGUGUGCCAUUUCAUUUGGAUGGCUAAUGUCCCUGCAGUGACUGGCUAACCUGCUGUAGGUCAACACAUCUGGGAGAAACAUUAAAGCCUCUCCCAGUGUCUCGUCCUCGCUGUAAUCUCGCCAAGAUGUCAGCUUUCUCUGAGGCGGCUUUAGAAAAGAAACUCUCCGAGCUUAGCAACUCACAGCAAAGUGUGCAGACGUUGUCGUUGUGGCUCAUUCAUCACAGAAAACACUCGAGGACCAUUGUCAAUGUUUGGUUCAACGAACUGAAAAAAGCUCAGGUAUCACGCAAGCUGACCUUCCUUUACUUGGCCAAUGAUGUCAUUCAGAACAGCAAGAAGAAAGGACCAGAAUUCACCCAGGACUUUGCACCGGUCAUUGUGGACGCAUUCAAACACGUAUACAGAGAUGGCGAGGACGGCUGUAAGAAACAGUUGGGUCGGGUGUUGUCUAUCUGGCAGGAGAGAGCUGUGUACGAGAACAACCUGCUGGAUCAGCUCUCACAAGUCCUAUAUGGCGAAAAAAAGGCUAAGAAGAGGCCAUAUGAGGAGAUCCAACCAGAUGAUGAGGACUUUGCUUCCCAGAGCUCCCCAACUGAGCCCCCACAGACAGCAGAGUUAAUCCGAGCUCUGCAGGAGCUUGAAAAUGCAGCCUCUGGCGACUCAGUGCUGCGUCAGCGUAUCUCCUCCCUUCCUGCUGAGGUGCAAGACACGUCACUGCUUCACAGGAUCACAGAUAAAGAAUCAGGGGAGCGGCUUUCCCGGCUGGUGGAGGAGGCGUGUAUGCUGCUAGCGGACUACAGCGGCCGCUUGGCGGCAGAGAUUGACGAUAGGAGGCAGCUCACACGCACACUAACGGUCUUCCUGCAAAGUCAAAAGGACGGCCUGGCCCAGAACGAGCAGAAACUCGAAGAAUACAAACGCAAACUAGCGAGGGUGACCCAGGUCCGGAAAGAGCUGCGUUCACGCCUGAACAAUCUUCCAGGAGGACUCUACAACAACUCUUCAAACUGAGUGAACCUCCGGACUGGAUCCCUUCGCCUCCUGCUACUGAAACAUCUCCACCUGAUAUCUGAUCAGUGACAUUGCCGUAGUCCUCUGUUCUUACUUUUGGAGCAGUGUCUGUGCCCCCCCCCAUGGUGACCUGUGGUUCUCAUUCUGUUUUCAACAGAUAAUUUCUCCACGUUUUUUUUUUAUUAACAUAUUUGUCAUCUUUUUCUUGUCUGUGAGCUCAUCUUAUUGUAAAAGAAGACUCAUAAUCAUCAGACACAGGCCUCUCAGGCUUUGGCCCCUGCCCAGAUAACCUUUACAGCUUUAAAGUGUUAUGGGUGAUGCUGGUGUGAUAUUUUUUUAUUUAUAGUGACUUAAGAUAAUGCACCAGAGUACAUCCUGUGAUCAUUCAUAACAAUUUUCUGUAUUUUGGUUCAUAACUUUAUUUUAUUAUUUCUGUAAAUGCAUCCGUCUAAUUCUUGGUUGUAUGGAUCUUUGCAGCAGUUCUUAAAAGCUGAAUCGUUGUUUUCAUGUAGUGUGAUAAUGGCCUCUGAAGAGAACUCGUGAAAUCACUAGGAAACCAUAUUCUGAAUCUGAGUAGUAAGCCCAUGAAAGCAAAUCAAAACAUGUUUUUAUCAUUUACAUAAGGUUUCUUUGUGAGAGGGGGUUUGUAAAUCAUCGGUCAGUGUACAUACUCAAAUUUGCAUGUAAAUAUAAUGAGAGUUACACCCGUAAGUGCUUAUGAUUUGUAUCUGUGUCAACAUGGCUUGCAAAAUGCUCAUUCAGUCAAAUUCCUGGGGUAUAUCUGUACAUCGACACCUCCUCUGUAGUGAAAUAAUGAGCGAAGGAGUCUGUUCUCUUGUUUACUGUAUCAUACUGCGUCACAGAUGUAUCCUGAAGUCUACUGAAUGCUGUGCAGCCUCACACAGCUUGAUAGUUGCCCCAGUUUCCAAAGCCAGACUUAAGCUGUUUGUUUUUGUACAUAUGAUGCAAAUUCUUCUUAGAACCAAAUAAACAGAAAACGUACCAAUCUUU